AUGCUGAAUCUCGAGUUUCCCGGCUUGAGUCUGACGACUCGCGACUAUGCCACGCUCGCAUUCGGUGGUAUCGUCGUCUAUAGUUUGAUUCGGACCAUCUACCUGGUUUGGUUUCAUCCUUUGGCAAAAUAUCCUGGCCCCAAGAUUGCAGCAGUUUCCAACGUGUGGUAUGGGUAUCAAUGGCUAUCUGGCCGCUAUCCUUGGGCUAUGCAGCGAGCCUUUCGGGAAUACGGAGAUGUAGUUCGAAUAGCACCAAACGAGCUCGUCUUCAUCACCCCCAAGGCUUACACAGAUAUCUACACUAGCAGCAUCAAUGGAAGGCCCGGUUUCGUCAAGUCUGAUAUGCUUGACACUGGAGACAAGUACGAGGGACUGGCUUCGGAGCGAGACAUCGACAAGCACCGCGCUGCCCGCAAGCAGUUGGCUCCUGCGUUCAGCCCCCGGUCGCUGAAGCAAUAUGAACCGAUCAUUCACGCCGACGUGGAUGAGUUCGUCGACGUGCUCAAGAACUCACCCGCCGUUGAUGAAGGCGUUGAUAUCGCCCCAUGGUUUGAACGAGCAACUUGCGAUCUCGGUGGCUCGAUUACACUUGGACACAAUUUCAAAAACAUUCAAUCCGGCCAAAACCAUCCCAUCUUGGAGUCACUGUUGCGCAUCGGUCACUGGGCCACAUUUCGCAACGUCAUGCGUCGCUUCCCCCUUCUCUACCCACUCUCCUAUGUCUUUCUCCCGCCCAAAGUUGCAUUCAGCUAUUUCAGAGCUCACUCAACGAGCAAAAAGCUCAUUCGAACCCGUGUCGAGGAACGCCAUGACCGUAAGGACCUGGACUAUAUGGCACAGUUUUUGAAGAACGAGGAGGCAAUUCCGACAGAUGGCUUCCUCGUUUCCCAGGCCGGCCAUCUAAUCCUUGAUCACUAUGAAUCAUCAAGUGUUUUGACAGCUGGUAUGUGUUUCUUGACGACAAACGAUGAGAUUAUGAAGAAGCUACAGGUGGAGUUGAGAACGACCUUCAAGUCUUAUGAAGAUAUCACGGAGGAUAAACUUCAAGACCUGCCGUGGUUGAAUGCGACUAUCGAGGAGGUCAUUCGGCUACACACAAAUGUUCCCUACGGACUCCCAAGAAUCAGCCCUGGCUAUACGGUUGAUGGAAACUAUGUGGCGAAAGGAGUCAUUGUUUCUUCCUGCGCCUACGCCACAACGCACUCGGAGACGUACUUCAGUAAGCCAUACGAGUUCAAACCACAGAGAUGGCUUCCCAAAGACCACGUAGAGUACGAUCAUGUUUUUGAUGGUGAUGACCGAGCUGCUUUCAGGCCUUUCAGUGCCGGAUCUCGCAACUGCCUCGGCCAAGCCAUGGCGUACCUAGUUCUUCGCAUUAUGUUUGCGAAGCUUUGCUGGAGGUUCCAAUGGGAGUUGCUGAACAAGAAUGAAAUGGACUGGGAUAGGGAUCUGAGACUUUACAUUGUAUGGCAAAAGCCAAAGGUGCACGUUCGCCUUACUCCCUUCGAGAGAAAGGUGUAA